AUGCCGCGAGCCACUGUGUCGUUCAAGCAUGAGGAACAGGAGUGGACGCAUGAGUUCGAAGUCGACUCGGCUACGACUGUGCUGGAUUUGAAACGGAAAAUGACAUCCUCCGCGCCCGAGCACGCGUCGUGGUUCGAUUUAUGUAGGGAUGGCAGCACAGUAAAGAACAGCGACCUGGUCGAUCCGCUGGCGAUCUACAUUUUCCAGUACCUUGGCCCCAGCGGAACUGAGCAGGCCAGCCAUUCGUCCUUUGCCGUCAUCCGGAUCAUGUUGAAGAAGCUGCUGGGCAGAUUGGAGAGGACCACGAUGAUCCAUUUCCGAUUGCCAGAGACGAGCCUGCAGCAGCGGUGGCUUCGAAUGUUCCAGCGGUUCCUCGAUGGAGGAUAA